UCACGCAGGGCGGUGCCCGCAGGUAACCACAUCAUCAGGGGGCCCCCCACAACACAAACAGCUGAGCACAGAGGAGACGCUGUCGAGCAGCAGGAGGAGACAGAGGAGCAGCAGGAGGAGAAGCGCCCCCCCGCGCCGCAGCCGGACCGAAGGGAAGGAAACGUCCAAAGAGGGAAGUUGGAGUCGGAGCAGAGGCAGCAUGUUCAGCUGGGUCAAACAGGAGCAGGGUGGCCGCAACAAGGAAGGAGAGAUGUACCAGACGGUGACCGAGGGCCUGCACACUCUCUACACCAAGAAGCUGCUGCCGCUGGAGGAGACGUACCUCUUCCAUGACUUCCACUCCCCGGCCCUGGAGAGCGCAGACUUCCAGUCCAAACCCAUGGUGCUGCUGGUGGGCCAGUACUCCACCGGGAAGACCACCUUCAUCAGGUAUCUGCUGGAGCAGGACUUCCCGGGGAUGCGUAUCGGUCCGGAGCCGACCACCGAUGGCUUCAUCGCCGUGAUGUACGGCGAAAACGAGGGGAUCGUACCCGGCAAUGCUCUGGUGGUGGACCCCAAGAAACCCUUCAGGAAACUCAACGCGUUCGGGAAUUCUUUUCUCAACAGGUUCAUCUGCUCUCAGAUGCCCAAUCAGGUUCUUCAGAGCAUCAGCGUCAUCGACACGCCGGGCAUCCUGUCGGGAGAGAAACAGCGAAUCAGCCGAGGUUACGACUUUGCGGAGGUUCUGCGCUGGUUCGGAGAGCGAGUGGACCGGAUCAUCCUGCUCUUCGAUGCCCACAAGCUGGACAUCUCCGACGAGUUCUCCGAGGCCAUCAAGGCCUUCAAGGGUCAGGACGACAAGAUCCGGGUGGUUCUCAACAAGGCGGAUCAGGUGGACACGCAGCAGCUGAUGAGGGUGUACGGCGCCCUCAUGUGGUCACUGGGGAAGGUGAUCAACACUCCAGAGGUGGUGAGGGUUUACCUGGGCUCGUUUUGGGCCAAGCCUCUGCAGAACACAGAGAACAGGCGUCUGUUCGAGGCCGAGUCCCAGGACCUCUUCCGGGACAUCCAGAGUCUCCCGAGGAACGCCGCUCUUCGUAAACUCAACGACCUCAUCAAGCGAGCGCGGCUGGCCAAGGUGCACGCUUACAUCAUCAGCUACCUGAAGAAGGAGAUGCCGUCACUGUUUGGGCGCGAGAAGAAGAAGGAGGAGCUGCUGGCGAGGCUCCCGGAGAUCUACGCCAUCCUACAGAGAGAGCACCAAAUCAGCCCGGGGGACUUCCCCAACGUCACCAAGAUGCAGGAAAUGCUGCAGCAUUACGACUUCAACAAAUUUCCCUCCCUGAAGAUAAAGCUGAUCGAGUCCGUGGACAAGAUGAUGGCCACGAAGAUCGCCGUUCUGAUGGCGAUGAUCCGGGAGGAGGAGUCCAAGCAGCCUCCGGCCAUGGUGUCCGGCGGCGCCUUCGAGGGCUCCCAGGAUGGGCCCUUCGGUCAUGGUUAUGGUGAGGGCAUCAGCGCUGGGGCCGACGCCGAGGACUGGAUCGUCAGCCGGGACAAACACCGUUACGACGAGAUCUUUUACACGCUGAUGCCCGUCAAUGGGAAGAUCACCGGCGUGAACGCCAAGAAGGAGAUGAUGAAUUCUCGGCUCCCCAACACCGUGCUGGGGAAGAUCUGGAAGCUGGCCGACUGCAACCAGGACGGCAUGCUGGACGACGAAGAGUUCGCUCUCGCUCAGCACCUCAUCAAGAUCAAACUGGAGGGCUACGAGCUGCCCGGCGAGCUGCCCGACCACCUCGUGCCACCGUCCCACCGCAAAAACCCCACCGCAGACGCCCUGUACAACCACACCGAGGACUAGUGUGCACGGGGCGCCGAGCACGCUGCCGAACAGACUGACUGAAACCACCACCAAUCAAAAUCAGACAAUCAGAACCAGCUCACUCAAAAACAGCUUUUCAGAAUAAAAGUCUAAUUUGAUUUAGACUACUUCCUGUUCGGACUCCUCCUGACACAUGUCUGUUU